GAAGUGAGGAGAGAGGUGGAGGGGGAAAAGGAUAUGAGACCGUGGUUACGUUUCCUCGCGUUCUCAGGAUAACCGUGUGUGAGUGAGGGAUUGGGGAAGCUUGGUUUUGGCUAUACAGUCCCCCAUUUCAAUUACAAUCGGACACUGGGGUUGAAAACAAAACCACUAAAUCAAUGUUCCUAAGGCAAGCUGGCUUCGCUGCGGGAGAUGCGCGCGAACACAAUGGGAGACAACACACUCACUUCGCUUGGAGGAAUACAGCGAUGUAAUAAUAUUACUCUACAAUAAUGGGAAUACUGUCGUGGUGGAUCUUGAAGCAAUUACACCCGGACACUCUGCUGCCUGAACCAGUAAUAUUUGUUUUGUUUGCUGUGAAAACAAAUGACUAUGUUAAGCGACUGCAGUCUCGUAAAGAACUGUGGGCAUUUUUUUUGCACAAGCGAUGCAUUUUGAGAGGGAGAGAAGCCGGACAUGCCCUAAAUGAAGACGCGGUGCUUGUUUAGUAGCUACAUUACAUUUGUUGCCAGUUUAUAAAUCCACCGGGAUGUGAAAGGAAUUCAUUUCCUGCGUCAAAUUCUCAUGACCUUUUGCACAUCUGGAUAAGUAAAUUGAUUUGUUAUUUAAUAUUAAUUUAGUAGUGUAACUAAUUUAAUAUAGUACGCGUUUAAUUAUAGUAUUAUUAUAAAUAGCGUACUAUUACUUCCUUAUUACUAGACGACAUCAAAGGACUAGUGUCUGUAAGUCAUUUUUCCAUUCAAAGUAACGUCUGUCCCACUCGUGGAGCCUAUUCAGUAGCUCCCAAUUCAGUUGGUGUCCCUAGAGAAUGUACCUUCUUGACGGUAAUAUAGAAAGGAUGGAGCGAGGAACGCCACAAAGGAAAACAGUGUACCGGAUCUCUCUCACCUUGGUAAAGAAAGAGAGCUUGGAGGAGGAGGAUGGGGUUAGCUGCGGGAGCUCUGGACAACGACGUCUCGAGAACCCCAACGUGGGCGCUUACCGUCGCGAGGUCUCCUCGGAGCUCCAGAGGAGUUGUCUGCUGGAGGAGCUGAAAGAAGUUGAGGAUGAAAGCGAGGAGUUCCACUCACACAACUACAUGAGAAAUUUCAGGACAUUCAGCACCGGACAAUUAGAACUCGGAAGGCUUAAAAUGAAAAAGGCGCAUCAGUUGCAUAAAGAGUUGAAGGAAACUAGCCCCUCCACAGAGCCUGGUAACAACAGCCAGGCCUCAGAGGAGACCAUGUCACUGCAGAGUCAGAAGAAAUCACAGGGGAUAAGCUGGACACAGGAACGCGCUGAAACUGACUCGAGGCUUAAGGGGGAUAUUUGCACGGAGACUGAAAAAACCUUGACACCAUCUGCUUCCAACGGUGAGAAUGGGAGUGUUGAUAAGAAGAAAAGACUCCUGAAAGCCAAGAGCACAGAGGACAAGGGCAGUGAUGCUCCAACUAAUGGCGACGGGGGUAAGGACAAGUUGUGUGCGUCCAAAAGUAACGGAAGAGCCGUCAAGGCCUCUCCUGAGACGCCGCCACUAAAGAGCCACCCCAGCCUGCUUCGCCGGAGCUUCAGUUUCCGCCACUGGACGGGUGGCGAACUGCUCCGCAUCCGGGCCCUCUCCAAAGACCAGCACCACGGCAGCUCUGGGUGUGUCGGCCGCGGGGAAGGAACAGCCGGGGACGACAACCAGACCCCCCAGUCCACAGUCCUCCAGAACCCGGCUUACGGUGAGACGGGACCGCCUAAACGAAACACGUUAGAAGUCGGGGCUGUCCUUAACAAGACUGACUCAAUGACGGAGCUGAGCCGCUGGGAACGAGCGAGAGGCAAAAACCGCACAUUGGACAACAGCGAUCUGAUCACUCUUUCCAUGAAGAGUGUGUCGGAGAAGGAGGGGUUUCUGAGAGGCACCGGCUCCCGCUCCAGUGGCUCGGACCGGCGGCUGGUCAGGUUCUUCAGCGGUAUCUUCUCCAGGAAGGAUGGAGGGAUGGUGUCUACCUCCACUCCGGUGGGCAGCCCCAGCACUAACCGCUCCCUCAGGAAGGGGAAGAGGAGCGGCCCCAUGGCCUACUCCCAGUCCAGCACAGAGAGUGUUAACGGAGGAGGAGGCCUGUCGUCAGAGGAUGCCUUUGUGAACAGCCAGGAGUGGACCCUGAGCCGAUCGGUACCAGAACUCAAAGUGGGCAUUGUGGGUAACCUGGCCAGUGGGAAGUCUGCGCUGGUUCACAGGUACCUGACAGGAACAUACGUCCAGGAGGAAUCUCCAGAAGGGGGCCGUUUUAAGAAGGAGAUAGUGGUGGACGGACAGAGCAACCUACUGCUCAUCAGAGAUGAAGGGGGCCCCCCAGAGGCUCAGUUUGCCCUGUGGGUGGAUGCAGUGAUAUUUGUGUUCAGUCUGGAGGAUGAGAUCAGUUUCCAGACAGUCUACCAUUACUACAGCCGCAUGGCUAACUACCGAAACACUGCUGAGGUACCUCUGGUGUUGGUGGGGACGCAAGAUGCUAUCAGCUCAGCCAAUCCCCGGGUCAUCGAUGACACGCGAGCACGCAAGCUGUCCAAUGACCUGAAGCGCUGCACCUACUAUGAGACGUGUGCCACCUACGGCCUCAAUGUGGAACGGGUCUUCCAGGACGUGGCCCAGAAGAUUGUGGCGACCAGGAAGAAGCAGCAGCUGUCCAUUGGUCCGUGCAAGUCCCUCCCCAACUCACCUAGCCACUCCUCUGUGUGUUCUGCACAGGUGGCAGCAGCAGUUCACAUCAGCCAGCAGACCAGUAAUGGCGGCAGCCUGAGUGACUACUCCUCGUCAGUCCCCUCCACCCCCAGCACCAGUCAGAAGGAGCUACGCAUCGACGUCCCCCAGACCACCAACACCCCCACGCCCGUCCGCAAGCAGUCCAAACGCCGCUCCAACCUCUUCACUUCUCGGAAGGCCAGCGAGCCAGACAGGGACAAGAAAGGACUGGAGGGCCGAGCGGACAGCAUUGGAAGCGGCCGUGCUAUUCCAAUUAAGCAGGGCAUGCUUCUGAAGAGGAGUGGCAAGACCCUAAACAAGGAGUGGAAAAAGAAGUAUGUGACGUUGUGUGACAAUGGCCUGCUCACAUAUCACCCCAGCCUGCACGACUACAUGCAGAACGUCCAUGGGAAGGAGAUAGAUCUGUUGAGGACCACAGUGAAGGUCCCAGGGAAGAGGCCUCCCCGAGCGGUGUCUACCUGUGCCGCUGUCCCCAGCCCGAAGACAAACGGCCUGGCCAAGGACAUGAGCAGUCUGCAGUUGGGACCUGGUGUUCCUGGCUCUGUCACCAGUAGUUUGUCAGCCUCUCAGAUGGCCAGUGGGAUCAGCUUGGUGUCCUUUAACAGUCGUGGGGACGGCAUGCACCAGAGAUCCUACUCAGUCUCCUCCGCCGACCAAUGGAGCGAGGCCACCGUCAUCGCCAACUCAGGAGUCAGCACAGACACGGGUCUGGGAGAGUCUGUGUGCUCCAGCCCCUCCAUCUCCAACACCACCAGCCCUAAGAUGGACCCGCCCCCCUCGCCGCACGCCAACCGCAAGAAGCACCGCCGGAAGAAGAGCACCAGCAACUUCAAAGCCGACGGCCUCUCUGGUACUGGGGAAGAACAAGAGGAGAACUUUGAGUUGACCAUUGUAUCUUUGACGGGCCAGACGUGGCACUUUGAGGCCACCUCGUACGAGGAGAGAGACGCCUGGGUCCAGGCCAUCGAGAGCCAAAUCCUAGCCAGCCUGCAGUCCUGUGAGAGCAGCAAGGCCAAGUCACGUCUGACCAGCCAGUCUGAGGCCAUGGCCUUACAGAAUGUGAGGAGCCUAAGAGGGAACUCUCGCUGUGUGGACUGUGAGGCCCAGAACCCCGACUGGGCCAGUCUCAACCUGGGAGCGUUGAUCUGUAUCGAGUGUUCAGGGAUCCACAGGAACCUGGGGACCCACCUAUCUCGUGUUCGGUCCCUGGACCUGGAUGAGUGGCCCCUGGAGCUCCUCAAGGUCAUGACCUCUAUAGGCAACGAGCUGGCCAAUGACGUGUGGGAGGGCAAUGCACAGGGACGCCUCAAACCAGCACCCGACGCCACCAGGGAGGAGCGUGAACGUUGGAUCCGGGCUAAGUACGAGCAGCGGUUGUUCCUGGCAUCGCUCUCGGGGGUGGACCUAUCCCUGGGCCAGCAGCUGCUGAGGGCCACGGCCGAGGAGGACCUGCGCUGCGUCAUCCUGCUUCUGGCUCACGGCUCCCGGGAGCAAGUCAACGAGACGUGUGGAGAGGGAGACGGACGCACCGCCCUUCACCUGUCGUGCCGCAAGGGCAACGUGGUCAUCACACAGCUCCUCAUCUGGUACGGGGUGGAUCUGAUGGCGAGGGACGCCCACGGUAACAGCGCGCUGGCGUACGCACGGCAGGCCAGCAGCCAGGAGUGUGUUGACACGCUGCUGCAGUACGGCUGUCCCGAUGAACGCUACCCACUUAUGGCCACGCCCAACCUGUCCCGACGCAACACCAACCGCAACAACAGCUGCAGCAGCACGGGCAGCACCGCACUCAUAUAAACACUACCGCCCCCUUCAGGAGGCCUCUGGGUACUGCGGCUCGCAGGAUAUUAACAGGCUAAACACACAUUGUGACAUUAUAUGCAUAUUACACACUCAAAAUCCUGACUGAAAAAAAAAAAAAAACCUGACAUUUUUGGAAGUUGAGGGGCUUGGAGAGAGUCUGAAUUGGGAGAAAAUGACUGAACUCUUUUGGGAACCACUACUUCUGCACUCCUUGUCUUAGAGCCCUCGUUGACCUCUUACCCUCUCCACUCUGACACUAAUCUCACACAGAAGACACUAGCACUCCUGUUGCCGUUGAUGAAGCCCUCUGUCCUUUUGGCUCUCUGCCCCACAUCAUGAUGACCCACCCACCCGCGCUUCGGUCCAAUUGUCAAUUUCCUCACAAGGCCCUCCCCUGUAAAAGCAUGGGGGCAGGAGGUGGCUUGGCGUUACUUCCGGGUGGAGUCAGGUCACCGGCUUCCCCCACUGCUAUCUACCUGGCUGCAUGUGGCCCUAAGCAUGAUGGGACAUGGGGAGGAGGCGGCCAAAAUCACAUGAAAAGCAGCGAAUCCCCCUUCUCAUAUACCCUCUAUUGACUCCCCCUUCUCAUAUACCCUCUAUUGACUCCGAUCUGCAAUCUGCUCCCAGCUUCAACCCAGGCCACACACACACUAUAUCACUACUAUGUCACUGCUUUCUCAGCUGUACAGAAACAGAGGCCUGCGGGUUUGGAAAGACGUUGGAUGUUUGAAGAAGGCCUCUGUAGCAUGUUGGGGAAGGGGGGGGUUGCUUUUCACUUAAGUUAUGGGAGCUCUACCUUAUAACAUGAGAACUACAAAGAACACUGAUCAACUGAACAGAACUCCUCUUCUACUCUGGUUCUUCUUUAGUUCUCCACAUAAUCAGUGUUUCCCCUCUCUUCUCUAGAGUAAAUUAUGUGAUCUCUCUCUCUCUCCUGUGGAUGUUUUUUUUUUUGUUUUAAUGUGGAACAAAAAUAUCUUAUUGUAUAAACAGUUUAAGAAAGUGAGAGAGAAAAAAAUCCUAAAUAUCCGAUAUUCCUUGGAAGUAAAACAGAAAGUGUGAUAGCAUGUCAGACACUUUCUCUUUUGAAUAAAAAAAAAAGGUUGUUCAUCACGUCCA